GCAGCAGCAGUUUUUCCCUUCUUUCUUUCUUGCACUCGCAUUGCUCUUUCAGAUUCACCCCCAGCUGUGAUUAUAGGAUCGUGCUCGUGUGCGUGCGUGUAGAUUUACGUGAAUCACUUUCGUGAUCAACUACCUUUUAGAGUUCCUUUUUUUUUCUUUGAGGUCUUCUUCAGUCUCGCCGAAUACCCGCACUCAUACACACACGUACAUACGCACCCACAAGCUCACCUACACGCACGCGCCCAUGAACAUCGGACAGGGCGGACUGGGCGGGGCCAACAACUCCCUUCGGCCCGGGACGACGAUGCGGCCCGGGUCGCAGGCCCGUCCCGGCACCACCAACCGCACGCAAGCUGCCGGCAUCGGUGGCAGUCUGCAGCAGCCGGUGGCCGUCUCCGCGGAGGCUGCCGUCUCGCGCGAGGGCAUGCGGGCGGCCUCCCGCAGCGGCGUCGGCACAUCCGCCGGCCCGGGGCGUCAGGUGGGCGACCGCAGCUACUACAUUGGUCUCAUCCGGCCGAAGAUCGCGGAGCUCUCGACGGAGAUUGAGCGGCUGCGGGAGCAGGAGCAGCUCAUCGGCAAAAACAGCUCCCUGCUGACGCAGCUGCAGCAAAAGUCGAAGAGUCUGCAGGACGACAUUGCGAAGUUGAAGGACACCCUCGCGGACGUGAACGUCGCGGUGGAAAACUCAAGCUCGCGCGAUUCGGACGCGGUGAAGGAUGAGUACACGCGGCUGGACAAGCAGAACGCUGUUCGCCGAAAAAAGGUCGACGAUUUGUUUCUUGCCGUCAAGGACACGGAGGCCAAGACGAAGGCCACGUCGCAGUCUCUGGAGGAGGAGAUACGCCAGCUGGAGGUGCGCAUCCUGAACGAGAACCAGGACUUUAACUCGUACAAGGCCGCGCGAGAUCAGUCCUUUGCGGUAGCGGACGAGGUGCUGGCCCGGCAACACGACCUGCGCACCCUCAACGCAAAGCAGGAGCUUCUCAUGGCCACGCUGGCGGGCGACCCGGACAAGAAAAAGGCCGCGGAUACGCUGCGGGCGAUUCUGCGCAAGCGGCGCGAACGCGUGGCGCUGCAGGGUCAGUGCUCCCUCUCCGUGAAGGAGGAGCAGGAGAAGCUGAUCAACCAACUCAAGACGACGCGCGGUGACAUUGAAGUUCUCGAGCGGCAGGUGAACGAAACCCGCGACACCCUACAGGAGUCGCGUGCGCGGCAGAGCGCGUUGGAGGAGGAGGUGAAGAACUUUAGCGGCGACAACGUGCAAGCCUUUCAGGAGCUGCAGGAGAAGGACAAGGAGAUGCAGGUCUUCAUUGACGACUACCCUGACAAGGAGCGGGCGGAGCUGGACAAAAUCACCGACACACAGAAGCACAUUGCCGACCUGCUGAAUCGCAUUUCGCAAGCGUUGGAGAUGCAGCGGCAGAUGCCGUCGGAAAACACCCCUGGCAUGCUGCACGAGCUGAACGCGCAGGCCGACGCGAAGCGCGAUCAGAUUCAGAACGACGUCAAAACACACCAGCGACUGGAAAAGGAGUUGCUGGAGCGCAAAGCGGAGCUGGACAAGGUGGCUCAUCUGGACAGCAAGAUCCGCGAGGAGUUGCAGUCCCACAAUGUAAAGAUGGACGAGCAGAAGGUGGAAAUGGAGAAGUUCAGCGACCUGGAUGGGCUGCGCACCGAGGUCGAGGACACGCGUAAGACGCUCAACGCUCAGCUUGCGUACUUCACCCGCGUCCGCGACGGAUCGAAGCAGCAGCUCAACGCCCUCACCGCCCAGCAUGAGGCGCGCAAGAAAGAACUGCAGGGCGACGAGGUCUUCAACACGAUGACGACGCAGGAGCAGCGCAUUCGCAUGCUGUGGCAGUCGACGUUCUCGCUGGAGGACUUCGUGCGUCUGCGCGAGAAGGACACGCAGUACCUGACCACGAAGGCGGAGUGCCUGCGCAUUGUCGACGAGGCGAAUUUGCUGUUGCAGUCGCCGGCGCACCUCGUGGGGCCGGUUGGUUCUCCCACGUUAACGAGUCGUAGCAACGCAUAA